UGACUUCUAUUUUUGGUGAAGUGGUGUUCAAGGACAUUCGACCUUUUUGUCUCGUAGUAACUUACGUUUACUUUCAUUGCCUAGAGUUGUAUGUUUUUUGAGCUGAAUACCAUAGUGGUCGGUUACCUAGUUUUGAGAGACCUUUUGGUCUAAAUGCUUCAUGUACAACAACACUUCUCGAUUUCCUCCGGAAGAAGGAAGUUCGUCGUUCCCUCACAAUCGCGAGUGCGAAAGGGUAAACAGCUGUCAAAAUAUUUCCUCGAACUUAGUAUACUCAAAGUGCAAUUCCGAGAAUAAGCGAAUUUUACUGCCCGCGUCAACUACGGUUAGUGGUAGUUUAUCGCAAAGUUCAGUUUCUGGCAAGCGUAUGUCGAGAAGUAGUGGAAAUGUAAAAGUCCAGGUUGUCAGAAGCCACAACGAAACAAGCUCUGUUGAGUGUUGCUCGUCUGGCACCGAAGACUCAAGCAUCUUGGAUGGAAUAUCUUCUGAUGGUAGCCAGCGUGAAAGCGAUGAUAGUUUCCAUGCAGUUCAUAGUCUUUCGCACGAGGAAUAUUUAAGUGGACGAAGAAAAUCUUUGCCUGCGUCGACGCAGGAUCUAUGGCGACCUCGGAACGACGAGAGAUUUAUUUGUAGUUUUGACCUGUUAGCCUGCUUCUUAAGCAGUUCGGUGAGUCACGAAAUGACAUCGCCCCAAGUUAAGAAGAAAAGAUGGUUUUCGAGUUCUUCUCCCGCAAAAGAGUCGAAUAGUCAGGAUUCCCGAGACAGCUUUUGUGGUUCUGAAGUUAACAACAGUUUUUGGGGUAGUAAACAGCUGCAGGGAGGCGUCAAGGCCCUGAACCAAUCUUUUACUAGACCAAAGAGUGCAGAUGGAGUCUUAUUUUCUAGGGCCUUGAGUGUUCCCUUGUCUUACCGCAGUUCUCCUUACAAGUCUUGUUUGGUUUUACUCACAACUCAGCGUUUAAUUGGAGUGAAUGAAGUCGAAAUUAGUGAAGGUGGUGGUAUGCAGCUUCAGUGGCACCUUGAGUUGGAUCAAAUUGAGAAAGUUACUUUGACAGGAGAUAAUACUUGUGUAAAUGUUUAUAAGAGAGGCUUGAAGGGUAGAGAACCUUUUGUAAUUCUUCUCUGCUCAAAGGAUGGCAAUAUGAAGAAUUAUACUAGCUUUUCACAAUCUUUUGAACAAAGCUCUUUUUAUUCGGACAUUUCUAAUGUGAGUGAUAUGCCUUCGUCGGACAACAAUAAGCGCAAUAUGACGCCAGAAAUGUUGAAAGAGACUAUUGAAUACGAAUGUACAAGAGCGCGCUCAACGAAACGCGAGCAAAGACGAGGAAGGCGCUUGGAUAGUUUGAAACUUUUGGCAGAGCAGAUUUCUCGACUUCAGAUGGAAAGUGUUCCUGAUGGAAAUUCUCAUGCUUUACCACAAGACAGCUCCUCAUCUCGCCUAAAGUUUUUUAGAAUCUUUCAAAAAAAGAAACUCGACGAUGAUAGCAAACUUUCUGUAAAUGAUGUAUUGAUGCCUCGUCCCAAGGUGGAAUCGGAGAAGAAACCACCUAUGCCUGUAAUAUCACUUCUUGAAGAAUGUUCUCGAUAUGGAUACGAUUAGACUGUUGACAGAGACGUUUCUGUGUUACCAUUCAAUUAGCCUUCAAGGUUUUUUAUUGCAAAUUGUUCCAAUUGUGAAACAUGUAAAGAUGCUUUAUUCAUAAUUUUUUUGUUUGGAUAAAUUUAUUUGACGAUAU